AUGUCGGCUAGAGAGAAGGAGCCCCAGAAGAAGUUCAAUGGCCUCCAGGCCAAGGUGGACGCUGCCGUGGCACCCGCGAAGGCGACGGACAUGGAGGUCGACGAUGGGCCGCCUGCUGCGGCUGACGCGUAUGCCGAGGCCACGCAAGAGCUGGCGGAAGAGGCGAUCCAGGCUGUCAAGCACAAGGUCGAGCAGGCCCAGGAGGAGUUCGCGGAGGCUGAGCCAGCUCUGGCUCCCACUCAGAAGCACAGUGUGGCGAAGGAGGUUGAGGUGCAGCAGGUCCUUUCAUCGUCCCCGCAGCUUCCUGCAGAGCGAAGAAGUCUCGGAGCCACCAUCCACGCGCUGGGUCUGGGCGUCGAGAGCUUGGGCGCGCUCCUCAAGGCGAAGGGCGCGCAGGAGGCUGAGGCCCAGACGCUCGCGUCGCAGCUGUCCAACGUCCUCAAGGCCAUGCGCGAGGUCGACGUGAGGGCGCAUGUCUCUCCUACUGUGUCGCCUGCGAACGCUGGGCAGUCUGUUUGUGCUGCCGAAGACCUUGCUGGCGCUGCCGGUUCGCAGCCGACGCUCGUCACCCCCGCGGGCGCCGAGGACACCGACACGCUGCGCGAUUUCCUCCAGCGUGCAGGUGUGGCUGCGCCCGUCGAUGAUGAGGAGAUGCGCGAGGCAGCCAAGAGGACUGCCGCAGGCAUCGGGCCGUUCAGCAAGAAGGCGCAGCACGACGUGGCGGCGCUCGGUAGACGUCGGUCUGGUGUCCUGCAGAUGCGACAGAUGCUGGUGGAACGCGCGGCUGUUCUCAACUCGAUCGAGGUCGCGACGCCAGGUCGACGUGACCUCGCGGGCGAGCGAGCGCGGCCGCAUCUCGCGCUCGCGGAGGGAGGCCGUGCGGAGCUCAUCCAGUACCAGCCGAAGGCCGAGUCCUGUCGCAGCUUCAACGCGGAGCCCCACCAGUCGACGGGGGAGACCUUGGAGCACGCAGCCGCCCGCAAGAAGCAGCUCGAGCAGGAGAUUGAGGUCGCCGACGUGGUGGCCGACUUCCACGCUGGCGUGCUGAAGGAGGCGGUCGACAAGGCGAAGUUCAUGAGCUCCCUCGCCUCAAGGGCGGUGCGCCUGCACAGCGACCCCGACUUCGCGUUCCAGGAGUUCGCGGAGCACUUCCUGGCCCUCCUGGAGGGCGGCCGCCUCGGCCCGCUGGAGGAGCUGCGGAGCGUGGACGCGGACCUGCUCAGCAAGGAGGCCACGCUGCCCAAGGGGGGGUCCACGCGCGUCGCCACGAGGCUCUUCCAGGGCGCGGGCGCGGAAGCCGUGGUUCGAAGGGCGCGGAUGACGGUGGUGGACGCUGGGAGCCAGGUGCAGGCGUUCAACGCGGUCGUCUAUCCAAGCCCAGCCCUCGAGCUUCCAGUGUUGGGGAUCGACUUGAUCCGCCUCCCUGGGGGGCUGUUGGUGGGCAUGGACUUCUCGCCCCUGUCGAGGGAACCAGAGUACCUCCGGCAAUACUGCGAGACCACGCUGGGGCCAAUCGUGGCCAAGUACGAGCAGCACGAAGGGCUACUCACGAAGCCGAGCACCAGGUUCUACGGCGAGGACCCCGAAUUCUUUAGCCCCGCGCUGUUCUUCAGCCGAGCCCCGGUGUCUGAACUUGCAUCGGGUGGAACUUUGGUUUCUGCCUUCAAAGAAAUCUGCGACGCCUACAGCGCCAUGCUAAAGGGCCAUGACAGGGCCAAGCCCGCCGUCACCCUGUCCCGGCCUGGCGAGGUGAGGUGGCAGCACACGCGCUACGAUGCCUGGCACAAGCCACGCGACCCCGCGGUGAACAUGUUUACGCGCUUCUUCGGCCAGGAGUGGACCGAGACCUUCGUAGACCAGGUGCUGUUCCCCUGGGCCAAGGCUCUGAAGCGGCGCUCUGGCCCGCUCUUGGGCAACACGUCCAUCCUGGCCUGCAUGCGCAAGGAGUCCUUGAAGCUCCACACCAGGGCCCAGGCUCCUGCCGACGGGCAGGCGCCCGAGAAGAAGCGCGUGCCGAUGUCGCAGCGCACGGUGACGAAGGCAUCCAUGCUCCAGUACCUGGUGGACAGCAAGGUCGUCUACGAGUCGUUCGAGGCCGCGGUGGCCGCGAACGAGGACUGCGCGCAGCUGCGCGACACGGGGCUCGAGCGCGUGGAGGUGCUGCAGGAGGAUAUCGGGGACAUGUCGAGCCGAGAGGGGCUCGAGGUGCCUGCGCCAUCCGAGGCCGCCGCCGAGUACGCCGCCUUCGUGGGCGAGCUGGCGUCGCAGGACACGCCCCGCUUCCUCUGCCACUGGUACAACCACCACCUGGCGCACACCGCGGGCGGCAUGAUGAUCUACUCCAUGGCGCGCAAGAAGGCCUUCGGGGAGGACGGCGGCCCCCCGCUCGGCUUCUGGACGAAGUACCCCAAGGCGGGCGCCUCGAACGACUACAAGGAGCUGCUGAACGACGUGCGCCUGCGGAUCGAGGCCUGCGCCAGCGCCUGGGCGGGCGAGCAGCGCCUGGCAUGCACCCAGGAGACGCCGGCGGCUUUCGAGCGGAGCGGGGGGCUGCUCGGGUCCCUGUGGGCCGAGGCCUGA